UUUUAGAUAGAAUUCCAUUAAAAAUAUGCAUGCCCAUUCUGUUAAUGUAUAUGUUAAAAUUAAUCAUACGCUAAAAAGAAGUGGAGUAGCAUGUGUACAUCUUACUAUAAAAGUCAACCCACCAAAUAACACCUGCCUUCCACAAAAAAGUCAAAAAUAAUAAUAUUAAAUAUUUUAAAUUUUAUUUUUAUUUUGGUUUUCUUUUUAUUUUUUAGCAUGCCUUACCAUAAUCAUGAAAAUAAAAAACAACCAUUUUUUCUGACCAAAAUCAUUCCUUUUUUUCCGUUAUAAAAUCCACCUCUUUCAUUUCACUUCUCCCAACUCACUCCAAGUCAUAACAAUAAUAAUAAUAAUAAUAAUAAUAAUAAUAAUAAUAAUAAUAAUAAUAAUAAUAAUGAGGCACUUCUCUUUGCAUUUGUUCAUGCUAUAUGCAACUAUCAUUACAUGUCAAGGUGCCUUACAAACCUCCCUUAGAAGCAAAGGAGCAACACCCAUGACAAUGCAAUUUGAAGCCAUCUACCAAUUUGGUGACUCGCUUUCCGAUACCGGCAACUUAAUCCGGGAGUCUACCGGUGCAAAGACCGCUUUCGCGAGGCUUCCUUAUGGACAAACUUACUUCCACCACCCUACCGGGCGUUGCUCCGAUGGUCUUCUUAUGGUGGAUUACUUUGCUAUGUACUUUAACCUACCACUGCUGAACCCAUAUCUUGCCAAAGGAAGUGACUUUACCUAUGGAGCCAAUUUCGCCGUGGCUGGCGCUACUGCUCUCGACGUAGCCGCUUUGGCUGCUCGAAAUGUAACUCUACCUCUUACACAAAGCAACUUGGAUAUGCAACUACGAUGGUUUAGAUCCCUCCUCUACUCUACUUUCUCCGGUCCAAUAGAAAUCAGAGAAAAACUCCAAAAAUCAUUGGUUUUAAUGGGAGAAAUUGGAGGAAAUGACUACAAUUUCGCUUUCUUCCAAGGUAGAACUUUGGAAGAAGUAUACCAGUUCGUCCCUCACGUUGUACAAACCAUUAAAGAUGCAGUUAAGGAAGUGAUACGGCUAGGGGCUACUAAUAUUGUGGUGCCCGGGAAUUUCCCCAUCGGUUGUGUGCCUCUUUAUCUUGUUAAAUUCGCAACCACGGAUGCAUCGAAGUAUGAUGAACUUGAAUGCCUUAAAGACUACAACGACUUCUCAAAGUAUCACAAUAAUCUUUUGAUAGAAGCUAUCCAAGAGGUGCAACACGAACACCCGGGUGUUGCCAUUGCAUAUGGAGACUACUACUCUGCCUUGACAUGGGUCAUUAGUCAUGCUCCUCGAUUAGGUUUCGAGCGAAAUGGAUCGAAAAAGGCUUGUUGUGCAACUGGUCGCAAUCCAUACAAUUAUGACCUAAAAAGAAGUUGUGGAAGCCCCGGAGUUCCAGUUUGUCAAGAUCCUAGUAAAACAGUAAAUUGGGAUGGAAUUCAUAUGACUCAAGAGGGUAACAAAAAUGUAGCCAGAUGGUUAUUGAGAAAUUUUGUAACUACACUUCAAAAACGUCUUCAUCCUUAAUCGAAGUAGUAAUAAAUUAUUACACUUUUUGAUUGAGAAUUUUCCUAUAUAAAUUAUAUUCAGAUAAAUCUGAUAGUCUAACUAGGCUAAUGUCAAUUAAGAGCCUUGUUUUGAAUUAAGCUCCAUUGACAUUUCGAGAUUGUAACUGAUAAUAGUCGAUGGGCCUAUGUUGGAUGAUCCAAAUUGAUAAAGAAAAUGGACUUGUAUUGCAUAUAAUGGAAUCAAUGGAACUAUAUUGUCCUCUGAA